AUGAGCAGUCAUACGCUCUCGCUGCUGCUGGUGACGUUGAUGGCACUGCUGGCGUUGACGACGGCAGCGGAGUACAAUGUGGUGGACUAUGGCGCGAGGCCCGAUGGCGGGGCGGACUCAGCGGGGGCGUUCCUAGCCGCGUGGGGUGCGGCGUGCAACGACACGGGGCGCUCCGGCUCCCAGCCGGUGCUGCGUGUGCCGGCGGGCAGGUUCCUGCUUAGCCAGGCCUAUUUCAAGGGGCCUUGCCGGAGCGCCGGCGUGGUCGUGGCCAUUGACAAAAACGGCACGGUCUUCGCGCCGCCGGCAGUGGACAGCAGGGCGUGGAUCAUGUUCCACCACGCCGAUGGUCUAGCGAUCCGCGGCGGGACGCUAGACGGGAAGGGGCAGGAGUAUUGGGCAUUUGGGUUCAAUUUCCUUGUGACGGGCGUUGGUCAUACGUACGUACGAUUGCAGACGCUCGACAUUAGCCAGUCCAAGGGCGUGAGUGUGAAGCAGCUGACGCUGCUCAAUAGCAAGGUAUUCCACAUGGCCAUCUUCGACUGCGCCGCCGUGACGGUCCAAGGCAUCCGGAUCAUCGCACCGGCCAACAGCCCCAACACCGACGGCAUCCACGUCAGCCACUCCCGCCAUGUGAGCAUCCUCAACACCACCAUCGGCACCGGCGACGAUUGUGUCUCCAUAGGGCCUGGCACCUCCAACGUGCUCAUCAGGGACAUCGAGUGCGGUCCGGGCCAUGGAAUCAGCAUCGGGAGUCUAGGGUGGCAGGACGGUGAGGAGGGGGUGAGGAACGUGACGGUGGAGAUGGCGGUGCUGACGGGCACGACCAACGGCCUGCGGAUCAAGACGUGGGCGAUGCCCAACUCCGGCUCCGUCACAAACGUCUCCUUCUCACGGGUCACCAUGAACCGUGUGGCCAACCCCAUCCUCGUCGACCAGAACUACUGUCCCCGCAAGGUCGACUGCCCAGGCAAUAGCUCGGGGGUGCAGAUCAGCAACAUAUCAUACACGGACAUCGAGGGCACAUCGGCGACGCCCAUUGCAGUGAAGUUCAACUGCAGCAGCACCAACCCCUGCAGCGGGAUCAAGCUUAGGAACAUUAGGCUGACGUACAAGCACAAGCGGCCGGCGCAGGCCAAGUGCGGAAAUGCCGGCGGGUCCACGUCCGGAGAGGUCAGACCGCCGAGCUGCUUCUGA